AUGACUGUUGGUCUAGCCAGGAAGCUGUCGCGCACGAAGCCUCACAGGGAGGCGCUGUUGAAGAAUCUGGUUACGCAGUUGCUUCAACAUGGCACAAUAACUUCCACGCAUGAGAAGUGCAAAGAGGCGUCGAGACUUGCUGAAAGAGUGAUUACGUGGGCUAAGAAGGUGCACGAGAACUCCGAGUCGCCUUUGGCUGCCCAGAUUCAGUCAAAACUCUUUCUAUCCGGCGACAAUUCCAAGUUGAUGAAAAGACUCCUCAACGAAAUAGCGCCUCAGUAUAUGGGUAGAGAUGGUGGCUACACGAGAGUACUCCACCUGGAACCAAGACUGGGUGAUAGGGCCAAACAGUCGAUUUUGGAGCUGGUGAAUACACCUGUUCUGGAUGCGAACGGGAACAUUCAAAGAGGGAACAUGAAAUUGUGGAUUGCAGUAAGGUAUAUCCUACGUGAUGAAGAAAGAGGCGCAGGGUAUAAGACAGUUACUUUGCAAAAUCUCAACAAGAUGCUUCUGGGGAAAUCGAAGGAACAACUUUCCAGUGAGAUUUUGACGAUCAAGAAACUAUUCAAGAAGAACGACAAGUUGGCUUGGGAUACUGUCGCUGAGGAGAAAAAAGUUGCCCAGCUAAUGGAACAGAUCAACUCUGUGGGCGCAACCAGAUCUAGCAGCAAAAAAAAGCCAGGCUAUUCGCUGGCUGAAGAUAUAGCAAGAGAACCAGCUCACAUUGCUGGUUGA